GAUCCGCGAUGGUGCCCUUGCGGGCUCUGUGGCUGGCCUGGGCUCUGCUAGGAGUGGCGGGAGCUUGCCCAGAGCCGUGCGCCUGCGUGGACAAAUACGCACACCAGUUUGCCGACUGCGCCUACAAGGAGCUGCGCGAGGUGCCAGAAGGACUGCCGGCCAACGUGACCACGCUUAGUCUGUCGGCCAACAAGAUCACCGUGCUGCGGCGUGGGGCCUUUGCCGACGUCACGCAGGUCACGUCCCUGUGGCUGGCGCACAAUGAGGUGCGCACGGUGGAGCCGGGCGCGCUGGCGGUGCUUAGCCAGCUCAAGAACCUCGACCUGAGCCACAACCUCAUAUCCAGCUUCCCAUGGAGCGACCUGCGUAACCUGAGCGCGCUGCAGCUGCUCAAAAUGAACCACAACCGCUUGGGCUCGCUGCCACGGGACGCACUCGGAGCGCUGCCCGACCUGCGCUCCCUGCGCAUCAACAACAACCGCCUCCGUACGCUGGCCCCUGGCACCUUCGACGCGCUAAGCGCGCUGUCACAUCUGCAACUCUAUCACAACCCCUUUCACUGCGGUUGCAGCCUCGUGUGGCUGCAGGCCUGGGCCGCAAGCACCAGGGUUUCCUUACCAGAGCCCGACUCCAUCGCGUGCGCCUCGCCUCCUGCGCUGCAGGGGGUGCCGGUGCAUCGCCUGCCCGCCCUGUCCUGUGCACCACCCAGCGUGCGUCUGAGUGCUGAGCCGCCGCUGCCGGAGGCACCAGGCAGCCCCUGGCCCGCGGGCCUGGCGCUCCUGCUACACUGCUUCGCGGAAGGACACCCCACGCCCCGCCUGCAAUGGCAACUUCAGAUCCCGGGUGGCACCGUAGUCUUAGAGCCUCCCGUCCAGAGCGGGGAGGAUGACGGGGAUGGGGCGGAAGACGGGGAGGAGGAAGGAGAUGGGGACGGGCCAACGCAGACGGAGGCCCCAAUCCCGACUCCAGCACCCGCUUGGCCCGCGCCCCCAGCCAACCCCCGCUUCCUGGCGCUCACAAACGGCUCGCUAUUGGUUCCCCUCCUGAGUGCCAAGGAAGCAGGUGUCUACACCUGCCGUGCUUACAACGAGCUGGGUGCCAACUCCACGUCACUACGCGUAGCAGUGGCGGCUUCUGGGCCCCCCAAAUACGCUCCUGGCUCUGGGGGAGACUCUGAUGGGCAGGCCCCUACUUCUGAGCGCAAGUCCACAGCCAAAGGCCGGGGCAACAGCGUCCUACCCUCCAAACCCGAGGGCAAAAUCAAAGGCCCAGGCAUGGUCCGGGUUAGCGUCCUCGGCGAAACGGAGGCGGGGCCGGAGGAGGAGGAGGAGGCAGGUGAAGGAGACGAGGCAGAAGACCAGGGGCGGCCCGGGCGGCGGCGGCCGCUGCGCCUACUCUAUCUGUGCCCAGCGGGGGGCGGCGCAGCUGUACAGUGGUCGCGGGUGGAGGAGGGCGUCAACGCCUAUUGGUUCCGCGGCCUGCGGCCUGGCACCAACUACUCAGUGUGCCUGGCGCUGGCAGGCGAGGCCUGCCACGUGCAGGUGGUGUUUGCCACCAAGAAGGAGUUGCCCUCGCUGCUGGUUAUCGUGGCGGUGAGCGUGUUCCUCCUGGUGCUGGCCACCGUGCCUCUGCUGGGGGCCGCCUGCUGCCAUCUGCUGGCCAAACACCCGGGUAAGCCCUACCGCCUUAUACUGCGGCCACAGGCCCCAGACCCCAUGGAGAAACGCAUCGCCGCAGACUUUGACCCGCGUGCGUCCUACCUCGAGUCCGAGAAAAGCUACCCGGCAGGCGGUGAGGCAGACGUCGUGGAGCCUGAGGAGGCUCCCGGGGAGGGCCUUGAUGAAGACGCGGAGCAGGGGGACCCAGGUGGGGACCUGCAAAGGGAGGAGAGCCUGGCGGCCUGCUCGCUGGUGGAAUCCCAGUCCAAGGCCAACCAAGAGGAGUUCGAGGCGGGCUCUGAGUACAGUGAUCGGCUGCCCCUGGGCGCCGAAGCCGUCAACAUCGCCCAGGAGAUUAAUGGCAACUACAGGCAGACGGCAGGCUGAACCCCCAGCCCUACUGGCCCGCCCAUUCCCAUCCCUCCCCCUUGGGUGCCUGGGAGCUGAAGCCUAGGGCUGGCAGGACGCAAGCCUCCCCACUUCCCAGCCCCCUCCCACAACCUUCACUUACUCCGCCCCUUUACUAGCCCCAACCUUCACUACUGGGUACUUCUAGUGGGGAGUGGGGCGACUUCACCAGUCCCAGGCCACCCACUACUGUCAUUGUCCUUGUGGGCUCAGUUCCACUCCAUGGCAAGCACAGUUACUAGCUCUGCCGCAGACUGAAGUGAAAUCCACAGCUCUUCAUUCCCACCAAUUGUUAUCUGCGAAAUCUGCUCCGCAGCCUGCCGCACCAUGGGCUCUGGGACCAGAGGAAGUGGGAGAAGACUUGGAAACCUUCGGUGGCAACUCUGGCAGGGAUUCAGCCUGGGCCCCUCCGCACAUGUCCCUUGCGUGGAGCGCUGUAGGGUCCUAGACUCCUACUCCGCCUUUUCUGGGGUGCGAGUCCAGAAAUUCAGACUCGGUGGCAACUCCCUAGUUUUAGUUUCAAAGCCCUCUUCCGACUGGGAAACAAACCCUGCUGACCCCCUGCUCCCAAUCCGCUUCUGAUCUGCUUGAGCCAAGCCGGUCGCCUGCGGCGCCUUUCAGCUCUGAACUCUGAUUUUCAUAUUUUCGUGGGGGGGGGGUUGUUUUGUUUUUUUCAAAGACAGCGACACUCCGGGUCUGGUGCUAACACUCCCUUCCCAGCCUCUGGGAAAAUUGGGUGUGUGUGAGAGGAGGGGGGAGGAUCCGUUUUCUCCCUCCUUCUCUGCUAACUUAAGCGCCCAGGUACGCCCCCCUUUUAAUGCAGAGAGUGUGGGCUUGGUCCCGGGCGAAUUUCGUUGUGGGUGAGUUGGGGGUUUCGGAGAUCCGAGCUCUCAGCAGCUCUGCUGCCGCUGAUGCACGUGGCCCUCGGCUCGACGAGGCUGGGAGCAAAGGAAGCCCGCUGCGGUUUCGCCUAAGCGCUUGCACCCUGUUUCGCACAACGCCUGCGUGUGACCCUGCGGCGGGAUCCGGAUGAAGAAAAGCCCCUGGGUCCUGGAGUCUCCCCGCCCCGCCCCUCCUUCCACAAGAACAGUAUUUGCCUGGCGUGUAGUCCUAGACGAGUGCUCUGUAGGAGAAGUCUGUGUUCUGUAAAGUGUGACCGUGUAGGGUAGGGGGGCGGGCGGGCAGGCAGGUGG